UGGAUUUGCUUUAUGAUGUUGGUUCUGAGAAGAUGGCUGGUGCAGGAACAUAAAAUUGCUUCGGCUUUGUGUUGGGUUCAAUUUGAUUUUAACUGCAGUUCAGAGAAGAUGGCUGGACCUGGAAAAUGAAAUUGGUUACGACUCUGUCGUGAUUGCCUGCUAGAUGUUCGUGAAAAUUUCUGUGAGAAAUUUGACUUAAAAGGUUUGAAACUUUUGGCGUGUGUAGUUCGAGUUAGUUGCGUAAAUCAGAAUGUUCAUAAAGCCUCCCUGUUUCAGUAUCUAUAAUAUGUUUGAUACUUCGCGUUGUCCAGGAGGCCGGUUAGUUCGGGUCCAAAUACUUGCUCCUCUUAUGCAUGCAAUUAUAUUCACAUAUGGAGCAAUCUAUGGUGCGGUUUUGUUUAUCAGUAAGUUUGCUGCUUGGUGAUCAUUCUAGAUGUUUGUAACAACUGCAGAAACUGCUCUAUUUCAGUAUUGGAUAGCCCAUCUGCUUCAGCUGGCUAGAUGUCUGUAAAGGGAAGGAAAGUUUCGGGGAGGGGGGAAACAGUGGCAGCAAAUUAUGCAUUUGGCCCUCUCGAAGAUGACGUAAUGAUAAAGCAUAGACUACCCGCACCACAACAACAAGAGGUGAACCGCCAUUGGAGAAACUUCCAAAGAAAUUCGCCUCCUUCGUCGUCGAAGUUGAGAAGGACGAAGAUAACUAUGGAAGCUGGCGUGAGCGGUUUGCAAAGUAAGACGCACAUGAAAUUGAUGCUCAAGUGCAUGAGGGGAAGGAAGAUGCUGAAGCUGUUCUGCAACCAGGUUGGUUCCAGCAAGAAGUUUCUUCUCUCUACCCUACCUGAAGGACCUCAAAAUGAUCAAUCAACAAGUACAGUGGAGUUGAACCUCCAAACUGAGAAGCCCUCCUCGCACUCGAAGGGGGAAAGGAAAACCCAAUAAACGUUUCAUGAGCUUAGGCGGACUAGGGAAGCAUUCUCCCUGUAUCUGUUUUUACCUCUGGCUAUUUGCCUUCUUUUCCCAUAGACGUCUUGGUUCUAAUUGGCUUCUGUGAUUUGAAAUGGAAAUGGAAUAAACCUGGGUGAGUUUUAGGCCA